UUUGGAAGAUGCUACUAUUAUUAGUUCUCAGUGCCACCACAUUCUUGUAUAAAUACUUUUCUUUUCUAUCUUUUGUUGUUCAGAGAAAGAAAGGAUAUAAACUAAACUUAUGAAGUUGACAAUUAAUUCUUUUUCACUCUCAUUAUCCCUCCUAAUUUUUAGUUAAUCUUUAAAUCCAUCAAUCAAUCAAUCUCUCUUCAAAUCAACAAUCAAGGAAAUCCAUGGCUCAACAGGAUGAAGGUUGGCCACUUGGGCUUCAACCAUUAAAUGUGAGAAAUCAUGGAUUUAAUGGAUCAAUUUCAUUCAAUACUUUGAUUACUGUUUCUCCCUCUUCUUCCUCUCAUUCUUCUUCUGAUCUUGAUACUGAGUCCACUACUACAUCAUUCUUUCAUGACAAAAGCAUAACUUUAGGAAGCCUCAUUGGAAUUACAAGUAUUCUAGAGUUUUCAAGAAGAUCAACAAGAAGAAGAACAAUUGUGGAAACCAAAAUAAGGGACAAGAACAACAAGAAGAAUAUUAAUGUUAAUAUUAACAAAUCAAGAACUUGGUUAUUUUCACUUUGCUCAAAAUUAACUACUGAUGCAGUUAACAUUAACAACAUUAAUCCUUCUCCAUCUUUAGGCCAUUUUCUUGAAGAAGAGAGAAAAGCAGCUGCUAAUAAUAAUAAUUAUUAUGGACUUGAUGAUUUUAAUCAAUUAUUAGAUCAUGAUCAUUCAAAUGUGAACAAUAAUUCAUUGUUCAUUAGUGGCCAAAUUGCUCCUCCUCAUGAUAAUGAUGAUGAGUCAAAAAAAGGGCUAUUUGAGCAAAAUGAUCAAAAUGGUAAUCAUGGAAGUCCUUUAAUUUUCUCAUGUUUAUGUGGACAUUUAGUUCAUUGAUUGAUUUUUAAUUGUUGUGUAAUUUUAUUAUU